UGCCCGCCGCUGCCACAUGCGCCAGGUGUGACUUCAGUGGUGGGUUCUGUCACUUCGGCAUGGCGCUGGCGGCCCGAGGAAGCCGCGGUGGCGGUGGCAGCGGCCGAACGGGAGGAGGGAGGGGAGCGCCAGCCGGGCCGCCGUGCCCCGCGUCGCCACGGCGACGGCUCGGGUCCCGGCCAUGGCGGAGGAGGGGAGCAGUGAGGAUGGCGUGGUAGCUAAAAUUGAGAAAAAGAUUACAGAAGCUUUUAAGGUAUUUGAUCACGAAGGAAAUGAAACUGUGGAUGUCAGAGAGAUUGGUUCAAUUGUCAGAUCACUGGGUUGCUUCCCAACUGAGGCAGAGCUACAUGAACUGCUUGCAAAGGUAGAAGAAGAAGAACCAACUGGAUAUGUUCAUCUAGAAAAAUUUCUUCCAGUGAUGAUAAAAGUAUUACUUGACAGAAGCUACAGGCCUAUUCCAGAAGAUGUUCUUCUACAUGCGUUUGAGGCUUUAGAUGAGAAUAAAAGUGGAUACAUUACUAAAGAGGACCUGGUAAAACACAUGACUGAAGAAGGUGAACCGUUUACUGAGGAAGAAAUGGAAAAGAUGCUCUCCAGUGCUCUAAAUCCAGAAACAAAUGCAGUUCAUUACAGAGACUACAUUUCAAUGAUGAUAGUAGAUGAAACUGAUGAUCUUCCACAAUAGACUCUGAGGUGUCUUUUGGUAACAGCAGUGUAGCUUUUCAGUUAGUUGAAAUUUCAAGUAUAACAAAACACAGUGUGUGACCUUGUGCUUAUAAUUAAAAUAAAAUCUGUGUAGUUAUAUUUCCUUAGAUUCUGACUGUAUAUUGAAAUCUAUUCAUACUUGGAAAAAGAGUUCUUGACAGAAAUGGUAUCUGAGAUCUGGAAGAGAAAUCAUGGAAUUUGGUUUGAAAAAUAACAGGAAAAAUAAUGGAGUCCAGAAAUGACUUUACAAUUGCUGCUGCAAAAGUAAUGGAAAAGUGAGACCUGGGAAAACAGAUCAUAAGAAGGUAUUUUAAUACAGCUGGAAUGGUGAGGGCAUACUAAUAUGAUAAAGCUUUUGUAUUUAAAUGUGAUCCCUGUUUGUGUUUAACUAAUGAGGCAUUGAUUGCUACAUUUGAAAUAAUAUCACAGGUGAAUUAAAUUUUCUGUGGUUUGUAGGUCUUACCAAAUACUUGCAUUUUGUUCACCAUGGGCGAUUAAAUGGGACCAGUUAGUUCCAUUGUGUGCUACUUAUCCACUGGCAUACAGUGCUUUGCUUCCAUUUUAAACAUGUAGUUAACACUCAAACCAUCACAAGAAUCACAUUUUAAAACAAAAUAAUACUUUGUUACUAUACUCAAUAAACAGAUCCUGUUUUAUAAUCAGUUUGAAAAUCAGGAGCUUGAAUUGUUAAAAAUUUAGGAACAUAGGCCUGGAAUUUGAUUUUCACAAAUGGAUAAAGAAUCGUGUUUUGAAAGAUGUUAGUGUACAAUACUUCUCUCCAGUGCUUUUCCUGGAAGGUGGCUGCAGACCUCACUGCUCUUUAGCAUUUUCUUGAUUGCUACUGUACUGUUGUCCUUUAACAUGACUUUCACUUCUUUCCCCUUGAGUUCUGUGUACUGUGUGUUCUAACAACUGAUGAGCAUUUGCUGCAGAGGUCUUAGCUUGUUGGAGAAGACUUGCCCACUAGGGCAGCAUCUUGCACUUUGUGCUCCACAUUUUAUGACCCGUUUCUGUUCUUCUAAUUUCUGUCAUGUUUAUCACUCCUGCAUAUACUUUGUAUCCCAGCUCUGUGUCAUCAUCAGACUUCAUCAGCUGAUAAAAGCUGGGGAAAUCUGACACACAGACAUUAAAUGCAUUCUCCCCUUUAUACUCUUCUAGUGGCAGAGAACAAGGCAAUGGAGUCUUCAGCUUUUAUAUCUUCUGUUCUACCCAUGUGAGUUGGAAACUCAAGGUGUUCUUAGAUACGAGAGCAAGAGAGCUGCUGUGCUUCAUAAGGAAGAGAUUAGCUUAUUUAAUGUGGUGAUGGCAAUCAAAAAGAGCCCAUUUUUUAAAUUCUCUUUUUAUUUCUGUAUCCUGAGUUGUAUUCCACUGACCUCUUCUUAAACAGUAGGGCAGCAGAGUAUUAAUACAAGUAAACAUUUGCCUAGAUCUUAGCUUUAUUUCCACGUGGGAAUCACUAUGGCAUUAUGCAGUAUGCUCUUGUUAAUACAUUUACUAUGUAUUUCAUUUCUUUCUCAGUAAGAAUGAAAAACAAAGGUAAUCACGGGGUUAUAAUGUAUGAAGAUUUUUGAAGAUUAAAGUAAGAGCAGCAAAGAUCCAUUAAUCUU